AUGGCAUUCAAAGUGAUUCUCAUUCUUGGUUUACUUCUCACCGUGGUAGCUUCUCCGGCCACCGUGGAUGGUGGAUCAGUGUGUCCAGAGAGUUCCUCGUUGGGUCGAGGAAGCUUUCCCGAUGGUUUCUUGUUUGGUGCUGCCACUUCUGCUUUUCAGCAUGAAGGUGCACCGGAAGAAGGAGGCCGAGGUUUGAGCAUUUGGGACUCAUUCACUCAUCAACAUUCAGAAAAAAACAAUAACCUUGAUGGCAGGCUGGGAGUUGAUUUCUAUCAUCAUUACAAGGAAGAUGUUCAAUUAUUGAAAAAACUGAACAUGGAUGCCUUUAGGUUCUCUAUUUCUUGGUCAAGACUCUUUCCCCAUGGGAAGAAGGACAAGGGAGUGAGUGAAACCGGAGUAAAAUUCUACAAUGAUCUUAUCAAGGAGCUCAUUGCAAAUGGUGUAACGCCUUUGGUUACCUUGUUUCACUGGGAUGUACCUCAAGCUCUCGAAGAUGAAUAUGGCGGUUUCUUGAGUGACCGUAUAUUGGAGGAUUUCCGGGAGUUUGCAAAGUUUGCUUUCAAUGAAUAUGGAGACAGAGUAAAGCAUUGGGUUACUAUAAACGAGCCUUAUGAGUUUAGCCUUGGUGGAUACGGCACUGGAGAGAAAGCACCAGGAAGGUGUUCUAAUUAUGUCAAUGACAAGUGUCAUGCGGGUGACUCUGGACAUGAAGUCUACAUCGUUAGUCACAACUUGCUCUUGGCUCAUGCUGAAGCUGUGCAAGAAUUCAAGAAUUGCGGAAAGUGCAAAGAUGGGAAGAUUGGAAUCGUUCAGAGUCCUAUGUGGUUUGAACCUUACGAUAAGUCGAAUAAUCCAGAGGAGAUAGUGAAGAGAGCUAUGGAUUUUACCUUAGGCUGGCAUAUGGAACCAAUAACACAUGGGGAUUACCCUCGGACCAUGAAAGAUGUUGUUGGUGUUCGGUUACCUUCGUUUACGCCAGAGCAGAAGGAGAAACUAAAGGGUUCUUGUGAUUUUGUUGGUAUCAACUACUUCACUUCUGCGUUUGUUGAGCUUGUGGACAAUGUUGAUCCACAGAAACCAAGUUGGGAAGCUGACUCUCGCUUGCAACUACAUUCAAUUAACCCUGAUGGAUAUAAGAUUGGUUCUCAGCCUGCUACUGCGAAGUAUCCAAUUUGUGCAGACGGGUUAAGAAAAGUUUUGAAAUACGUCAAAGACAAGUAUGAGAAUCCAGAAAUCAUCGUCACCGGAAACGGGUACAAGGAGACACUUGAAGAGAAAGAUGUACUUCCUAAUGCACUCAACGACAACAACAGGAAGUAUUAUCAUAUGAGACAUCUCAUGGCUUUACACGGAGCAGUCUGCGAGGACAAGGUUAAUGUUAAAGGUUACUUUGUGUGGUCGCUUAUGGAUGGACUAGAGUGGGAAGAUGGUUACAAGACGAGGUCUGGACUGUACUAUGUGGACUAUGCACAUGAUUUGGGACGGCACCAGAAACAAUCUGCCAAGUGGCUCUCAAAGCUCCUCGAGAAAGUCUCGGACACGAUUCAGUCCAAGGUAGAUUCCGAAUCAAGGAAAGAGUUAUAA